AUGAUCACUGUGCCCUCAGGAGAGGCCACAGCCACCAAUGACCCUCUAGAUGGCCCUCUUAACACCUCACUGGACAAUGAGGCUGACAACAGCUAUGCAAACAGUUCAACAGGAGGGUCCCAAAGCCCAGGUCCUCUCCCUGCUGAUGUCCCAGAGGUGAGUGGCACUGCACAGUCCACUCCACAGCAGGAUGUAGAACAGGCCUCCUUUGACACAGCCAUGUCCAAGGCCAAGUCAACCUCUGAGAACACAAACCAGCCAGAAGUUGCUCCAGGCCGUAGUCAGAACAGCCCUGAAGAGAUCACACCUGUGCCAUCCGAACGCCGGAGCACCCUGCAAGUGUUUGUGGGUUUCCAGAAUCCUGUAUGGGACAGACUGGCUGAAAAUACAAGGAAAACUCAGAACCGCAAUGCUUCCCCAAGAGACUCCCAGAGUGGAGAACGGACACCACAAAAGUCAACUGUUCCCAAAAGGGAGGUGGAAUCAGUCCCCUCUGCCCCAACUACUGAGGCCCAAUCUGCCCAACACACAGAGGUGGAGCCCUCUGCAGAUGCUGCUGAACUGUCCACUGCAGACGCCAAUGGUGAGCUUGACCUUCAGCCCACCAAUGUCCCCAAGGCUGAUGAGGAGAAAGCUCAGGAUCCAAAGAUCUUGAAUCCUGACACUGAAGCUGGGUCCCAGAUAGUGACAGGGGAGAAUUCAGUGGACUGCUCCAGAAACCUGCAGGGUUGGGUUUUCCCUCGUUCCCCAGCAGUCAGUGCCCCACCCUCACUGGUCCCUGACCGGGUGGAUGCCAGCCUGUAUGGGGAUGUCCAGGAAAACAACUACAUGCGUUCCAUGACCAGCCUGCUGGGUGGAGGCGAGAGCUCCAUCAGCUCGCUGGCAGACAUCCUGGUGUGGUCUGACACCACCAUGGGGAUGGGGAUGGCGACAGCACUCCUGGCCUCCAACCACAGCUCCCCGACAGACCUGCUAUAUAGCACAGGGCCCAGCCUGCGCUCGGUCUCCAACAUCCUGGGCAGUGCUGGCUCAGCUUUCUCCUCUGGGGUGGUGUCGGGGACCCGCUCAACCCUGCAAUCCAUCAACCAUGUGCUGGAGUCAUUUGAGAGGAGGACUGCGGAGGGUAUGCGUUCAGCUGUGCGUUACCUGAUCAGUCACCUCACCCACCGCUGGACCCAGGCCGGCCCCCACUGA